UUUAAUGUUAAAUGUUUGUUUUGUGAAAAUCAAUGUUCUUUUAGCCGGAUAGAUAAUUGAAUAUUAUUUAAUUUAUGCGAAAUAUUUUGAUAAAAAAGUGUAAACAAGUGCUAUAGAAAGGAUAAUUAGGAAUGAACCAUCGAUACAUCCUCUGUCAUUAUUGGAUAUUUAUCAUAUUUUUUGGACUUUUAAACAAAUAUAUGCUGUCCUGGUGUAAAGAACUGACUCUAGUAGGUCACACGUCCUUAAGACAAAACUACAUCUUGCGUAGCUGGUCUGAUUGGACUCCAUGGACUGUUUGUAGUCGUACUUGUGGUGGAGGCGUCCGAAUGAAAACUAGGACCUGUAAAAUCAGGAUCAUGAGAUAUACCGUGUCACCGAAUACCUGUAUUGGAGAGACUGUGGAAUAUGAAAUUUGCUCACGACACAAUUGCUCUUCUGAUCAUGAAGAAUUCAUAAAUUAUCAAUGCUCCCAACAUAACGGACAACUAAUAGCUGGGAGGAAAAUUACUGAAUGGAUACCACAUUAUAAUGAAAAAAAUCCCUGUGAGCUGCAAUGUUCUUCUAAAGAUAGCUCUUUCGUGUUCAGUUUCGGCAAGGUGGUUGAUGGUACUAUCUGCCCAUCUGUGGAACCGUUAGAAUCGUCUCUAUGUAUCAACGGUAGGUGUAUGCAAGUGGACUGUGCUGGAUACGUCGGAAGAGAUAACCAGCGGGAUAUGUGUGGAGUGUGCCGUGGCAAUAAUUCGACAUGUAUUAAGUAUGAACACACCUUUUUAAGACGAGCGAGAAGCAAAAAUAUUUAUAAUGAUAUUAAAGAUCACCUCUACGACUACAAUCACAUAACAAGAAUUCCAGCAGGAGCAAGGCACAUUAUUGUGAAAGAAAAAAGUGAGAACAAUUUUCUUGUUUUGGUAGAUCAUGAAGGGAACUAUCAUGUUAAUGGCAACUGGAAGAUACAAUCGCCAGGGCGUUUCCCAGUCCAUGGUUCAGAUUUCAAUUACAGCAGAAACUGGGAUGGUCAAGAAGUCAUCUCUGCAAACGGGCCAAUCAGAUUUGAUGUCUUUAUUUAUGUUUUAGGAUCUGGAGACAUUCCUACUGUUCACUACGAAUAUUGGAUAUCCACGAACAAUCCACUUCGCAAUUCUUUAACGGAGAAAAAACAGUCACCAAGUAUUCAAAAUGAAUAUGUGAAAACAACAGAGAUUCUGAAUAACCUUAUCGAAUCCACCCACCAUUCAAAGCCUAAAACUUUUCCAACGAGAAAAUUCCAGGGUUACAAAUCCUAUUACCAUUACAAUGAAAUCUUGAAAUCAGUUCCUUCUUGGAGCAUCAAAAGGAACUUAAAUUACAAGCAGAAUUUCAAUAAGAAAUUGAGCAGUCAGUAUAAUUCUACCUUGAGUUCAAAAAACGUCGAUACGAAAGACGUUCCAACUGCUAUCAGAUUUUCAACAACAGAAAAACCAAAUGCCCGGAAAAAUACGGUUUCGAAAAUUUUCAUCAAAACUCCUCAAAGUUUUGAAUUGACUGUUGAUCAGUUUGGAAGACCAAAUGGAACACUCGCCCAGACGAGAGAUAUUGGUAGCAAUCAUGUUUAUUAUACGACGAAAAGUCGAGGAAAAUCUGUGUCAGUGGAAAGCCGUCCAAUCCGGAAGCACAGAGAUGAAGGAAGAAAAAACUCUCCAAGUAUAAAAGGUAAUUGUCCACCUUGUACGAAAACAAGACAUCAAACUAGGAAUUUCUGCUCAAGCGAAUUUGUUCUUCGAGUAUCUGUUCUUCGAAAGGAAAAGGAACAGCAAAGUCUGCGCUACGAAGUACAAGUUAUUCAAUCAUACAAGAACACGAUACCAAUAUCACCAAGAGAAUUUUUAUGGACAUUGGAUCUAUGUCAGUGUCCUAAGCUACGACGUGGCAAAGAAUACAUACUGAUGGGAAACGCCCUCGUAACUGGAAGUCACAGAGAAAGCAGAUUGACCAUGCAUCGCCAUUCAUUUGUAAGACAGUACAAUCAGAAACGUGCUAUGACUCUUCUGAGGUUGGCAAGAGAUCGAAAUUCCGUUUGCAAUAAAUAUCGAAACUAACUUUUCUUAAUCAAUCCUACUUAUCUUGUAAAAAUAUUUCAAUCAUACCAUGCAUGUAUUAUAUCAU